UACCUCCUCCUCGGCUGCCAUCGAAGCGGUGCUGAGGCUCUUCUCGUGGCCGGGAGUUGUCCUCAUUCCGGGCUUGGUGUACGUACGCGAACGCGCGCACACGCACACGCGCCGGAGAGAGAAAUGCAGCGCGCUUCACGGUUCCUGGUCUCGCCGCGCGACACACGCGCUCCGUGAGCGCCUGGUCGACGUCCACGUACUUCUGUGCAAGUUAACCUUUCCCCGAGUGAAACUGCCACUGCAGUGAGUGUCCAGACACGCGAAUCUGUCACGGCGGCCUGGAGUGCGGUGGGAGUGAAGGUCUCGAGCGCGCACGCGUGUUGGACUCAAAAAGGAAAGUCUUCGCUCCCAUGAAACGUCCGGUCGACGCUGAGAAAGGCCCUCGACGUGCGCGCGGAAGUUGAACGAAGGGUCACGUCACUGGUGAGCUCGCGUUGCCUCCGCUUGCAUCUGCUUUCUUGUGAACGUGCUGUAGAAGAAAGCUUGCGCGGCUGAAGGCGUCGGAGCGCCAACCAGCUGUGCGGUCGUCCAAAGUAUCCUGACAGGUGUUAUUUGGGAAGGUUGUGUGCCCGUUUCGCCUGCCUCCUUUUAUAGACUGAUAUUCCAAGGUCGUAAACAAGCCUGUCUGCGGCGUGCGAUUACCAACGGAGACAACGCCCUCGUCCAAUAUGGAACUCUCUUAGGACAACCCCGAAGGCCCGGACGCGUCACACAACGUGGGAAGUAGACGCCUCGCACGGCGUUUGUUGUCCGUGUGGUGCUUCUAUUCGUGGCACUGCGGCAACUACCAACAACACGUGACCGUCAAAUUACGAGCAAACUGCCUGGAAGACCGUGUGUGUCUGUGGUACCAAGACUUGAUGAUACUCAGGACCGUGUUCUGAGAUCCGUGACAGACGUGCCAGGCGUGUGUGUUCAGCAGAGUAGAAGCAAGUGACGUCACGUCGACCAUGUCUCGCAAACUACAGAAGUUCCUGGUCCUCUUGGACAACGAAAGCCUGCUAUACUUUCCCGGCUCCUUCCUAUCGGGAAAGGUUGUGGUGGAGCUGGAUGAAGAGAUUCCUGUCACAGGCCUGUACUUCCACAUCGUCGGAGAAGGCGUGGUGCGGCUCACGGACAAGUCCAAAGUGAACACGUCGGACCGGGAGAACUACAUAGACUUCCGCAUGCGGCUGCUCGGCGAGAACACGCCCAAAGGCUCACCCGCGAGAGUGGUGUUCCUAUCUCCGGGCGUGCACUCGUUCCCGUUCAAGCUAGGCCUUCCGCUGGGGUUGCCCUCCACUUUCUUGGGCAAACACGGCUGGGUGCAGUACUUCUGCAAGGCGGCCCUCAAGGAGCCCAGCGGGCUGACGCACAAGAACCAGCAGGUCUUCAUCGUCAUGAGCCCCAUCGACCUGAAUCUGGAGCCAAACUUGCUCACGCAACCAUUUCACUGCGAAGUGGAGGAGAGCCUGGGCAUGGCGUGCUUCUCGUCGGGCCGGCUGUCGUGUCGUGUGAGGCUCGACAAGGGCGGCUACGUGCCGGGCGAAAGCAUCUGCAUCUUCGCCAGCAUCGAGAACAACACGCGCGUCUCCAUACGCAAGACCAGGGCCGUGCUCACCGAGACGAUCCAGUACACGGCCAAGAACAAGGUCGUGCAGGCUGAGACCCGUGAGCUCGCCUUCCUGGAGAAAGGCCGCAUCGAGGCCGGCACCACGGACCAGUGGCGGAACGAGAUGCUCUACAUCCCGCCCAUACCGCCCACAAAUCUGCGCGGCUGCCACCUCAUACGGAUCCAGUACGACGUCUACUUCAUCAUCUCGCCCAAGGGACCCGGCAAGGAGAUCCGCCUGCAGUUGCCAAUCAUGAUGGCCACCUACCCGAUUCGCAACAGUGACGGCACGCUGCAACGCAAAAAGGGCACCCACUACCCGACCGUGCUGCCCGUCUUCAGGCCGUGGCUGAACACGGACAAGUUCAAGACGUAGCCAGCUUCCGACCUCGCGUACACUUUUCUUUAGAAUAUCUGGAUAGCUUUCGAAUCUCCAGCAGCUAUGCCUUCUGCGUCCGUGGAGGGUUGCAAUAAGCUCGGCAUGGGCAAACGUGCAUCCUGCGAGCAUCGUAAAUGCCCGAUAAGGCAUAUUUUGCAACUGUUGUCAGCUCCGUCGAUUUAAUCACGUUGCCCAUGUCCUUGCUACCGGCGCAAGCUUCGAUAUGCGCUGUCCCCAGUUCCGGGGAUGUACGAACCGUUCAUGUAGUUCACGAACAGCAUAUUCGUAAAACAAGAGUGCUGUGGUUCCUUGUAAGCUAAAGAAACCUCCGGCAGAGUUGAAGCUUUUGUUAUUCGCAUUUCUCCUCGCCGUAAAAAGAAAAGAGAGAGAAAGAAAACAGAGUGAGGCGAAUAGUCGGGCUUCACCAAAUAUUCGCUGGGAUCCCAGCUACAGAAACAAAGUCGGACGACACGAUAUAAAUAUAACGAAGUUUGGUCCGAAAAAGAGUUUACCGUUAUGUUAAGAACUGUAGUAUCUAGCUUGCCAUAUUUCUCGUAAAAGACAGCGGCGAAAUGCAAAAUUAUUUUCUGUUCUCACUGAUCGCCGGUAGGUGGCUUUCCUUUGCAAUAUGUCUCAAAAACAGAGUGAUUUGCAGCAGUAUGUGUAGUUGUCCUUCCAAAACAGAUAAAAAUAUCGCCUAGUAAGAAAAGGCCAAUUUGUCAUCGCACUUAUGAGACUUCACUUUUUGUGAAAGCCAAAUGUAUUCGCACUCAAAUCCAAGACUGACGUUCCGGCGACCGAGUUGACAUUUUUGAACGUUAGAAAAGAAGGGUUCUUUCUAUCUAUCGAUUCUAGACUAAGCUUUACGAGCAUGUAGGAUGGUUUUCAUGUUAAUGUGAACGUGUGUUUGUUACGAAUAAGAGUAAUUUAAUUAACAAAAGCGUGAGCUAUACUGUAUAGGGUUAAUUUUCUUUUAGUGUGCGUGCCUAGGUAUCAAGGUUUUAUAAUCACGGCAACCAGCAACGACAAUAUAUUAUACAAAAUAUGUUAUACGGCGUGAAAGUUUCCGGCUAUACGUGCCAAAGCGAUCAUCGAAUCUCAGCGGUAGUAAUAAUUAGUUGUGUGUCAUUUUCUUUUUCUUUUUUGUGCAGUACGUGACUUGUGCUGACCUUACGUGAAGUUUAUGUGUGAACACUAACUUUUGCAGUCUGUUUGCUCUGGCCAUCCUAAUCUAAAAGUGAAGUAGUCAAAUAUAUUCACCGCACAAACUUGUUUCGACAACAAGUGUGCGACCAAUAAGCGAUCGAGCGGCUUGUUAUUACGUUGUAACCCUAGAGUUACGAUUCUCAGAAGCAGUACCAUUUAUGUUACGUACGCAUAUGAAGUGCUCACUAACACAAUAGUCGUUUGUGAAUCGAUAGUUAAGCUGGCACCUUAAAGUUCAUUACUUUUUUCUUUGUGCUCACGUGUACUUUACUAUCAAAUAUGAAGGGACAGGCACUUUCCUGUGCAGCGCCACGGAAAGUUGUCACCUCGCGGAUAUCCUUGUGUUGCGUGUCAAUUCAAAUGCGUGAUCUGAAACGCAAGAUUGCAUCUCAACUAACAACUUGGUUUGUUUCACAGUAGCUUAGUUUAAAAUGAGCCUAAAGAGAAACAUUCAACCAAUUUAGGGCGGCAACAUAUUUCUCCAAAGCUUUAUUUCAAUUAUAUGAACUGAAAAAAGUGUUGAUUGUUAGCAGUGAAAAUGAAGCGCAGACUUCUGCUUCGUGAAUUUCAUGCCCCAAUAGAGGAUUCGAUGGCGUUAGUGUGACGUCAGAGAUUUCAUUGUUUUUAUGCAUUUCAGCCGUUCUCGUGCAAGAAGAAGUUGCCAGCUUGAGCCCUUGGGCGCUUUCGAUUGCAGCGUAAACAUACUUCAUUGCUUAACACUCACCUACCAUCUAGUAGAGGCUUUCAAAACACGUGACAUCACGGUGAUGUUUUGGAGGAUUUUCGAAGUGUCAUCAUAACAACCCGGCGUUUUAUUUUUGCGUCAUUUUUGGCUUACUAAGCCUCCACUCACGAUAAGAUUUCCCUAUGUCUAGUUUUUCAGAAGUGUUACCUGCCAAUAUACAUUGUUUAAGAUUGUGCCUUAGUGUUCCUUUAACACAAUACGCCGUACGAGCGACUGCUUGUAAGCAAGCAUGAAAGUCAAGCCGGCAGACUAUCUACAAAUGUGUGUGAAAUAAUUACUUUUACAUGAUAAAGAAAGUGUUGGGCGCUUGCGUACCAGCAAUGAAAAUUCUCGUCCACAGACGUGUUCUUCUUAAAGCUUAGACUGCCAUUUUAUAAAGCAGCAUUUGUCUGCUAAACGCCGCCAGAAAUGGAUGCGAGUCCUGUGCACAGUUACACCUAGUGAAUGAAGCGAUUUCGUUAGGCUUGCUGAGGUGACUCAUGUUCUACACCUUUGAGGUGGAAACAGGCUUACGGAAUACGAUAAUUUCAAGAAUGUCUAAAACGUCUAAACACUCAAAUUGCGCUAAAAGUGCAACGGCGUUGACAGGUUGGAGUAAAACUGGAGUAAAGUUUUCUUGUUUGUUUUGUUUUUAUUGAACUGAAAAUUAAAGGAAGAGAUUUGGUCACCUAUAAUUGUGGGGACUACUCCUUUUCACGUGGUAAUAAUAAUAGUAAUAAUGAGAAGAAGAAGAAAAAGAAGAAGCAGAAACAUAUUGCCAACUAAAAAGUAACGCCAUAGGUUCGGAAUAUCUAGAGCGGAACUAGAUAAGAGAGCAAAAUAAGCCCACGUGUACUCCUAGACAUACUGGAACGGGCUUCGUGCGAUUAACAACGUUUUCCAGGAUAAUGGGAUCAGUUGACGUUGCUUUGAGUGACAAAGUUCAGCGCACCUCAGCGCAAAUGCGCGAAUGAAGUUGGGCAUUUUAGGACAAAGCUUGUGGUUGUUUCAAGAAACCUCCCUCAUCGUUUAAGUUCGCGGAGGGCAAGAAAAUGGCAUAGCGUGGGUUUGUUCACUAAGUGAAAUUUGUGUGACGCGAAUGACCUGCAUAUUUUUUCAUGUUAUGUUGUUUCUCUUUGUGCAAAAUAAAGAACGUACACAUGCGCA